UGGAAGAAAAGAACAUCAAAUUGAAGAAAAGAAAACUAGUGGAAUAAAGGGAAAAGAUAAAGGAGAGGAAUAAAGCAAACACACAAUAUAUAAAUCCUAUUGGUGUUUUCAUCUUUGCAAAGACAAAGGAAAGAGCCCUGAUGUUUAUGGAGCUUGGUCUACUUCAUGAUUUUUUAUAUAAAAGAGGUCAAGUUUUCAUCUGCUUCCCAGGUCUCAUUUUUCGAUCAAUUUGAUGUCAUUUUUAUGUUAGAGACAAACUCAUUUUCAGAGUUUUACUUUUGUUUGUGAAAAAUAUUUACGAUGUCUGAUGUGUGUGGUUCAAGUUUGUUUCUCUCUUUACCGGAAGAUGUACUGGUAAUCAUGUCUAAUUCUCUAACUCCUAGAGAUAUCUGUUCAAUCAGUUUGGGUUGCAAGAAUUUGAAUUCUUUCCUUUUAUCUUCAGAGAAACUAUGGUCAUCACAGUGUGAAAACCUUAAUAUUGCUAAUUCACAAGAAGAUGUUGUUGAAUGGAGAACUGGUGUUACGUCGUAUAAAUGUCUAUGUAAGUUUAUUUUUAGUGUACAACCUUUACUUGGAAUAUGGGUUCAUCAAAAUCCUGAGAUUGGCAAUUUAGUGUAUGUCAUGCCAGGGUUUUUGUCAGUUGUUGGUUGCCGAAUUUUGCCACAACAGCUUGGUCCAUUAGGGCUUCAAGAUCACUUUUGUGGGCGCCGGUUUUUGAGAUUAUCAGUGAUAUGUAUGGGGAAAUGGUGUUUUUCCUUCAUGGGAAAGAGAAAGAUGGUGACUACCUUUAUCCUGGAGCCAUUAAACCUGUUGAUAGGAGUUGCAAUGUUUUGUUACUAGAGGUUGAGCCAAGAAUGCAAAAUAACGAGUGUAAAUUAUUGCGCAGUAAGAGCCUUGGUCAUCCUCGUUCAGAUUGGGGGUCUAUGAGACGGAUUCAUAGGUCAGAUGAUGGUGGGUUUAGUAGCUCACAAAGGGUGUCUGGAUCAAACAGUUCUGUAGUUGCAUUUGACCGUUUGGCAUUUAAAGACAGACAGGAACUGCUUGAAAUUAUAACGAGUCAAGUAGGUUCAAAGGUUCCUCAUUUAGCUUCGGGUCCACCGUUCCCUCGAUUUGGUGAUGGAGGUGAUGGCUUUAAGAAAGACUUAAAGCUUUUGUCAGAACGACGGUUGCUGCUUUUGAAGAAGUAUCAAAAUGGCGGAGGGUACACGAAUUUGCAGACUAUAUCUAGGGAGGUUGCAAUAGGCAAACUAAAAAAGAGGCUUGAAUCCCCAAGUAGUGGUGAAUUGCUUUAUGGGGAUGAAAUUGUUCAUAUGAACUGUUCGAAUAGAAGAAGUGUUGCCGGUUACCUGAAGGACCUCCUGAAACCGAUACUUGGCAAGUUUAUUUCGACAGGUGGACUUGUAAAUCCAAAAAAGGGUUCAUUGAGAUCGGACCUUAAGCAUUCAUCAGAGCUUCAUGAGUUUCUUUUGUCAGGUGACGUGAUAGGGCUCAGUGUACAUGCCUCGACUGUGAAGCUACCUACUAACAGUGUAUUACCGAAGAUGCGUGAUGACGAACAUGCCCUCUACAAGUUGCCAACAUGGAUCCCAACUUUUGGUCAGGAGUAUGCUGGCUUAUGGGGUGGAACUUUUGGCUGGCCACAUCGAAGAUCUAGUGAAGUCGAGGGAAAAGCCUUGUUCUUUCUUUUGCUUUCUUAUGAAGAAUUGGAGGGGCAACAGCUUCUGAUUGCAACCAGAAUAUUAGAAGGUACCGAGUAUGCUUAUUAUCCAAAUGGUUCGACAAUGUUUACCGUGAAGGUCAACGAUCUAUCAGCGGAUCCAUUCCCGUUAGAGACAGACGGAGAAUUUUCUACUUUGGACAUAAUACAUACUUAUGCAGGAGAAGGUCUAGCGGAAGGUGAUAGCUUUCAGGAUCCUGGAUCUAAACCUGGUUCCUUGUUUGUAAACCAAAAUGGCCUCCUUGCAUUUGUUUGGAAGGAAACUAGAGCUGUCUUAACCCUACAGAGGAUCAACCUGCUAGAUCUCUUGAGGAAAGGUAAAAGGGUUCCUGCUUUACCUCCUACACUGAACUUCACAUUUCAGACGCAGUGGUAUUCGAAUGCACUAACAAGAUUCUCCAACUUCCCUACGGCUGCCAGUUGCCUUUAUAUAGCAGAAUGUUACCCGCCUCGUGUGUAUAAUUGAAUAUUUAGUAUUUCCCCAUCAACGGUUUAUUACUUUGAGAUAUUGCUCGGUGUACAUAUUUCAAUUCUACUCCUCCACUGUCAGAUAAUAAAAAAAAUAUUCCUAGUG